UAAAGACUGAUAUUCUUGAGAAGUUGGCUGAAACUAUAUUUACAUUUACGGCCUAUCCUUCAAGUGCACAGGUUAGUUAUGUUGCUGAGGCACUUGUGACAAAAUACCCUUGUCUCAAGGAACCUGGCUCUUUCUCAGGUUAUUAUGGUUGGCAACAAAGCAUCAAAUACAAGAUGGCCAAUUAUCGUACAAAACUUAGAGGGUUUGGUGUUCCUGAGUUGACAUGCAAUGCCAUGAAACACAAGAGUCCAGGUGACCAGAAGUCUGCAAAUAAAGUGAAAAAGCCUCGGAAAGCAGAGGUAAAUUACCUUCCGCCAUAUCCAGCAGGUGAAGAUGAGGACAGUCAAGAAGAAGAGAGAAUUCAGUUGCUUACUGAAGUCAAGAAAAGAGACAACAACAAAGUGAUAAAAGAAAAAAUGGCUAAAACAUUUGCACAUAGACGACAUGAAAUUGUCAACCUGUCCCCCAGCAUUGAAGACAUCAAAGCCAGAUGGCCAGCAUUGUUUGAGGCAUCUCAUCUGCAGGAUGAGUUCUACAGGAUCACCCUGGUACACCUUGAACCCAAAUUCAUGUCCAUGCUGGAUGAGUACACUCCCAAACUGUUGGCCCUUUUCCAUUCCAAGGGGGGAGCCAUGGGAUUGAAGUUGCAGGCUAUCAUAGCCAAGUCACCAAGCAAUCCUAGCAAUAACAUAACCAGAAAUCUGGUUAUUCAGUGCUUGAUGGUGUACCUUGGGGAGUCCAUUGAUCAACUGAUCAAAGAGUACAGUGAUGCUGAUGAGGAUGGUGUGUCACAAGGUCUUUCUGAACAGAGGAUGAAAAUCUACAAAAUCAAGGCUGUUGGAUCUGAGGAGGAUGACAUUGGCAUUGUGCUGGAGGGUGUGAGAGUUAUGCCUGCUCUGGGCAAUUUUCCAAGAGCAUGCGCAAUGCUGGUUGGAUUGACAUAUGCAGUCGAUCUUGCCUAUCCCAAAGAGCUAAAAUACACCUUGGAAGUAUUCCAGAAACUUUUCCUUGAACUGGAUUGUGCUAAGCUCUCACCAAAAGUGAACAGCCUCAAGAACAAGUUAUUGGCUUAAACGAGGACUCUGAAAGAAUGAAAGGGAAGUAAGCUCACUGAAAACCUUUGGUUUGUCUUUUUUAGAUGCAGCUAUCUUUUCAGUUUUCAAGUUAAUUUCAUCUUAUUCAUAUCUUACCCAAAUGACCUGCAAUGUGUCAGGCUGUAUUUGUGCUCUUCAUUUUAAUGUUUGUUUUUUAUUACCUACAAGUUUCUUAGGAAUAUUCUGUUUGAAAGGCAGCAAAUUGGAGGAAUCACUAGUGAAGCUUUUCUUUGUUUAUAGUGUAUGUUACAAUAAAAUAUUAGUUUAAAACAACUUUAAAAUUUAACAGAGGUGCAGUCCUGUAGCUGUAGAAAUGUUACUUCCUCUUACAUGUGUCUUAGAUUUUCUCAGGUUAAACAUCCAAAUUGGGAUAAAAGGUUGAUUUACAUUAUUGAUAUUCCAUGUACAUGAGU